UCUUCCACCGCGGCCGCUUCCGAGGAGCCGCUCGGGAGGGCGCCGGUAGCUUCCCGCCGCCGGCUGGGUGCGGCUCUUCCCUGGGCCCCUGCCAUGGAUCUCUUCGGGGACCUGCGGCGCAUGAACAAGCGGCAGCUGUAUUACCAAGUCUUAAAUUUUGCUAUGAUAGUGUCGUCUGCCCUUAUGAUAUGGAAAGGGUUGAUUGUCAUUACUGGAAGUGAAAGCCCUAUUGUCGUGGUGCUCAGUGGCAGCAUGGAACCAGCUUUUCACAGGGGAGACCUGUUGUUCUUAACAAAUUUCCAUGAUGACCCAAUCAGAGCUGGUGAAAUAGUUGUUUUUAAAGUUGAAGGCAGAGACAUUCCAAUAGUUCACAGAGUAAUCAAAAUACAUGAAAAAGAAAAUGGGAACAUCAAAUUUCUGACUAAAGGCGAUAAUAAUGAAGUUGAUGAUAGAGGCUUGUACAAAGAAGGUCAGAACUGGUUAGAGAAGAAAGAUGUUGUUGGAAGAGCAAGAGGGUUUUUGCCUUAUGUUGGUAUGGUAACUAUAAUAAUGAAUGACUAUCCAAAAUUUAAGUACGCUCUUCUGGCGGUAAUGGGAGCAUAUGUACUGCUGAAACGUGAAUCCUAAAAAAAAAAAGGUCACUUUUCCAAGAACAAAGUACAAAGUUAUACUAUACAGGGGAAAAAGCCUAAUAUAUUUCAGAUGUUUUCAUUUCUGUAUACAGUUCAAAACUGUGCAAGCUUUUGUCUUGUCUAAAUAAACUGUACAACUAAUGAGUAAAGCUUUUGGCUGUUGGUUAAUUAUGUAAUGGCAUAUUUACUAUCUUAAGUAGAUGAUGCUUUCAGUUAGCCUUUUGCUUGUUUGGAAGACACUGACUGUCAUGUGCUAAAGCAGCUUAUGGCGCUCCUUGACAUGCUGUGUUGUUUUUCUUCAGUGGUACUGCAUCUGAACCCACCUUCUCCCUCCUGUUUGUUCAGGUUUUUUGCUUGAUUACUUUUAAUCUGUCAGUGCCCUCUCUUUUCACAACCAUACAAACUGUUUUUAUCAGUACUUGUAAGGACACAGCUUAUGGGUUGGAACAAGUAGUGAGUUGUAGGAGUUUAAUCAGACUUACGCCUAAAGAAAGUUGUCUAGAUACAGUCUGACAAAAAUAGACAAGAAAGGGUCUUUGAUUCUAAUUAAGAACUGAGAAAUGGAAACUUGGAGCUUUUUCCCUGAAUUUGAAACUUACUCCUUUGUGGUAUAGGGACAAAAAAAAAUAAUGGCCUGGUUUUUAGAGGCCUGAUUUUUAGGGACCAUGUAUGUUUCUAGAAUUCAGGCUGUUAACCAUUCUGCCUUUAUGUUCCCAGCUAUAAACCAAACCUAACAAAAAGAUUUUAUGGGGCUUUAUUAACACUAGUAAAUUACUGAAUGAAUAGCAUAGUAGUGUACGUCUGUAAUAUUACCAGUAAGGGUAAGACAUGACUCCUAUUCCAGUUUUGAGAAUAUGUUGCUCUCUUCUGUCAUGUUAUGAUACCUGAAUAGUGUUAAACACAAAAUUGAUUUUUCAUUUUAAAACUUAGCUGAUAACUGUCUUGUAUGAAAUUCUGGAUUUUUCUCUUCUUGGCUUCAAAUGUCAACAUUGCACCUUCAGCAAAGCAGAACUUGUUUUCCUCGCUUGCUUUGGUUUUGUAGCUUUGAUAAGGAACAGAAUGAUGCUUUUUUCCUGUGGAGUUUUGUUUCUUCUGUAAUCCCUUACCUCUACAAAAGUACACUAUUAUCCAAUAAUGGCACCUCUUCUGUUGUAACUGCUCGUGCUGAAAGGCAGACAAGUGCUGAAUUUUUCCAAGUAAUAUUACUUCUUUUGUGUCCUACUAAGCAGUUUUCAUGACAAACUGUAUUAUAAAAAUA